AUGGCACGCAUGCUCGCUGUGGCCGCCCUGGCCGUGUUCGUCUUGGCCGCGCCCGCCCUUGCGGCCCGCGACCUCAAGCAGCUGGGCGCCGUCACUGGCGCCGUCAACGGCCUGCUUGGCACUGUGGGCACCACCGUCAACGCCCUGCCCGUUGUCGGCCCCGUCGUGGGCCCUGUUGUCGGCACUGUGGGCGGCACCGUGGGCGGCCUGCUCAACACCGUUGGCGGCGUCGUCAACACCGCCACCGGCGUUGUGGGCAGCCUCCCCGUCGCCGGCCCCGUCGUCGCCCCCGUCCUCAACACCGUCACCGGCACCGUGGGCGGCGCGGUCGGCACCGUUGGCGGCGUUGUCAACACCGCCACCGGCCUUGUUGGCGGCCUGACCGGCGGCCUGACCGGCGGCCUGCUCGGCGGCGUGACCGGCGGCCUGCUGGGCUGA